AUGAUCAUCUUUAAGAAAUUGGCGGCCAGCUUUAGCCCCACCGUCAACAGCGGCGGGGGCAGUAUAGGGUCGCAGCCACUGAAACAGAUAUUGCGGAAACUUCAAGUAAACUGGAGAGAGGUUAAAUGGAUUGUUUCUCUAUUUGUUUUGACAGUCUUGCUGUCACUUGUUGUCUACCGUUCGACGUCACUUGUGCAGCCACUUCUGCCGCAAUUUCCUAGAUUAUCUACACUUGUGCCGCCGCUGGUAGCAGCCAAACAAGAAAUUAACAACACUGAUACUAUUGAGGCGAAAGAUAUGAGAAAUAUGGCGAGAAUCUUGAAGGAAGCAUCGCUGAAGGACAAGAAUACGGUAAUAGUGACAAUGAUGAACCAGGCUUGGGCUAAGCCAAAUUCCAUAUUUGAUAUGUUUCUUGAGAGUUUUCGAAUCGGCAAUGGGACUAAUAGGCUACUCCGCCAUAUCGUGGUGUUGUGUUUGGAUGAUAAAGCCUACUCACGGUGCUUGGAGGUCUUUCCCCGCCAUUGCAUAUUGCUAAGGACUCCUGGUGUUGAUUUCUCCGGCGAGAAGCGGUACAUGGUCCCUGAUUAUCUCAAGAUGAUGUGGCGCCGGACUGAGUUCUUGGGUACUUUGCUUAAGCUUGGAUAUAACUUCCUCUUCACGGACAUGGAUGCAAUUUGGCUUCGAGAUCCAUUUCCUCGAUUAGUUGCGGAUGUAGAUUUUCAGAUCGCUUGCAAUUUAUACUUCAACGGAAAUUUCAGCGACAUGCGGCACAAUGCAGCCAAUGGCGGAUUCAAAUACGUCAUGUCGAACAACAGAACAAUCAAUUUCUACGACUAUUGGUAUGACUCCAGACUAAGAUUCCCCGGUAAACACGAGCAAGACGUGCUUAACUAUAUCAAAUUAGAUCCAUACGUUAAAGAAAUCGGGCUCAAGAUGAGGAUGAUAGAUACAGUCGACGUUGCAAGUUUCUGCCAACCAGACUGGGAUAUAACCAAAGUCUGCGUAAUGCAUGGGAAUUGUUGUAUUGGCCAGGCUAAUAAGGUCAAGGAUUUGAGGCACGUUCUUGAGGACUGGACCAACUUUUUUGUCAAUGGCGACCGGAAAAGAGGGUUUCGACAGCCGAGGAAUUGCCGGCGUAGUAACAGGUGGAGGCCUCCCAGGAGGCCCAAAAGGAGUGGUUGA